AUGAAGAUACUGGGCCAGGUUGCUUUCUUGUUUUUGCUUGGGGGAAUCUGGUGUCAGAAUAACCGUAAUGCUAAAUCUAGUGGAAAGUCCAACAAGAAGUCUGGUGGGAACCAAGGAGGUGAUGUUGGCCAGUCAGCCCCUGUGGUUAAUCUAACUCCUGGAAGCACUGGAGGCACUGGAGGCACUGGAAGCACCAAAGGCACUGGAGGCACAGCUGAAGCAGGACGGGAGGGUGCUGCGGGAGCUCGAACAGCUGGACAACAGACAGAUGAUAUGAGACUGCACUUCCUCAAGAACACCCAAGUUACAUGUAACGAUGGAACAGCAGCUGGGUUUUACCUAAAGGAGUUCAGAGGAAGCCGCCGAUGGCUGUUAUUUCUGGAAGGUGGCUGGUGCUGCUACAGCAAAGAGACCUGUGAUUACAGGUACCAAAAUAUCCCCCGACUAAUGAGCUCGUCGGGGUGGCCCCAAACAAAAAGAGGAACUGGAAUACUGUCUUCUCAAGCGGAGGAAAACCCACACUGGCAUAAUGCAAACAUUGUAUUCAUCCCGUACUGUUCCAGUGAUGUAUGGAGUGGUACCGGACCCGCCCCAACCCCUCCUCCUAGGCCACGGCAAGGCAGAGAGAAAGAAAGAGAGAGAGAUGCAAAUGCAACUGAGUACAACUUCAUGGGAUCCCUGAUCAUCCGCGAGGUCAUCAAAGACCUCAUCCCCAAAGGAAUCAAGCAGGCCAAGGUUGUAAUGCUGUCUGGCACAAGUGCUGGCGGGACAGGUGUUUUGCUGAACAUUGAGAGGGUGGCCAGUCAGCUGGAGCAGCUAAGUGCAGAGGCUCAGGUCCGAGGCCUUGUGGACUCUGGCUGGUUUAUAGAGAGUAAGCAGCAGAGGUCACCUAAUUGUCCUGAGACUGUUUCCUGCUCACCUGAAGAUGCAAUCAAGAUAGGACUCAGGCUGUGGAAUGGGGUUGUGCCUGACAGAUGUCGACAGCUCUAUAGGAGAGGAGAGGAGUGGCAGUGCUUCUUCGGACACAAACUCUACUCUACCUUGACCUCCCCUCUGUUUGUUGUGCAGUGGCUGUUUGAUGAGGAGCAGUUGAGGGUGGAGAACAUCUACAUGGGAGGACAGAGUCUGUCUGAGGAGCAGUGGCAGUACAUACAGAACCUGGGCAGGGAGCUCAAGAUCUCCCUGAGAGAUGUCACGGCUGUAUUUGCUCCAUCUUGCCUUUCCCACACAGUCAUCACUAAAAGUAACUGGAUGAGUUUCCAAGUUAAGGGCACCUCUCUGCCACGGGCCCUGCACUGCUGGGACAGGAGUCUGGAGGCAACGCGCAACAACAGGACCCCUGCCAAAGGCUGUCCUUUCCACCUGGUGGACACCUGCCAGUGGCCCCAGUGCAACCCCACCUGCCCUGCCUUGGUGGACCAGGCCACCCAGCAGGAGCUCACAUUGCUCCAGAUGCUAGUAGCCAUGGGCCUUGACCUCCAGAAGCUGGGCUUGGAUCCCCAGGGAGAUGAAGAUUCUCUUGCCAGCAUGGUCAGCAAUGGUGGCUAA